UGAUAAAAAAAGUAUAGUUUAAAAUUGUACAUUAUUGAUGAAGUGAUAAAUGGCAGAGAAAGAUGUUGGUGGUGGCGGCUUGACUCGAGACAUCUGUUGGUAUGUCAAUGGCAAAGAAACCCGUGAAAUACUAUGUGGUGGACGCGUUUACUGAGUCAGCAUUCAAGGGGAACCCUGCAUCUGUGUGUUUCUUAGAGGAAGAGAGAGAUGAGGAGUGGCUGCAAGCAGUAGCCGCUGAAUUCAAUAUCUCUGAGACUUGUUACUUAUCACGCAUCACCCACUCGCUCCAUGGAACCUCUAAUCCCCGUUUUCGUCUCAGAUGGUUUACUCCUGUUGCUGAGGUUAAACUUUGUGGUCAUGCCACAUUAGCUGCUGCGCACGCACUAUUUUCAUCUGAUUUGGUGGAUACCGAUGUUAUUGAAUUUGUGACACUAUCUGGAGUAUUAACUGCCAAAAAGAUCUCAGCGAUCCAUAUCACCAGUGCCUCAGACACACAAAACGGUGCUCAGGAUGGAUUUUAUAUUGAAUUGGAUUUUCCGGUUGAUCCUGUUACAGAAUUCAGCUUUGAUGAGAGUACUUCACUACUUUCUGAGGCAUUGAACGGUGCAUCCAUAAUUGAUGUAAAGAGGACACAAAUUGGAGAUGACUUACUUGUUGAACUCACAUCUGUAAAAGCUGUCUCAGAACUACAGCCAAAACUUGAUGCAAUAGUUAGAUGUCCUGGAAGGGGGGUAAUUGUUUCAGCGAUUGCUCCUCCAGGCUCGGGAUUUGACUUCUAUAGUCGAUUCUUCUGCCCAAAAUUGGGAAUCAAUGAGGAUCCUGUUUGUGGGAGUGCACAUUGUGCAUUAGCAUCUUAUUGGAGCAACAAGCUUGGGAAGUUCGAUUUGAAUGCUUAUCAGGCAUCACCCAGAGGGGGAGUUCUCAAUAUUCAUCUUGAUGAACAUAUCCAGAGAGUGCUUUUGCGUGGGAAGGCUGUUACGGUGAUGGAAGGCUGUGUUCUGGUCUAGUCGGGUUCUUAGCAUUGCACCAAAGUAUCUUUCAGAUGACAAGAACUGUAAUUGAAAUACUCAACUUUUACAAUAUUUUUAUCACAUAAAAUGGACCUCCGAGCAUUAUGCUUUUGACAUACACAAAUAAGAAUGUUCAAUAUAGUGCAUGUCUGGUUUCAAUUUGAAAACUUAUGCAUUUCGAUAA